AUGGACCACUCUCGGAUCCCGUUGCCCCCAACGGAAGACAGCGCAUCCCAUAUCUUGACGUUUCCCCAGGGGAGAAAACUGCCAGCCGGCCUUUCUGAAAUCUGGAAUAAUGACCUGCCUGGACAGAUCAAAUGUGACAGGGAACAAAUCUGCCGCAGCUGCGCGGAUAGUAAAAUCCUUUAUCUACGAACGCGUCGAAGGAAGCGCCGUACCAUCCCGUUAAACAAGAAAAGUUAUUCGACCAACCCACGGGCAUUGUCGCAGAAUCUUGGUGAGACCACAGCACCUGGCGAUUUGGGCCAUUUUUCUUGCUUCCAUGCUGCCAAUAUCACAGACCGGGGAUUCAACGGGGCAAAGUCCUCGGUAGACGAGGGGGAUGAGAUAUCCCAGAACCGAGCCAACCCUCAGUUGACAGCUUCUUCGCGGGUUAAUACCAGCCCGGUAUUCAUACCUGACGAUCCUACCUCCGACCUAGUUGAAACCAGGGACUGCACAAGCAAUUUGAUUCGACAGGAGCUUGCUUCCCAUGGAAACCUUUCCCCAGACCAAGUCCACAUCCUUGAGUCAGCUCUCUCGCUUGUUGGGAAAUUUGCGUCCUCAUCCCAUAGUGUAGAAGAUACACAGGAUGAGCACCAUGCAGAUAAUGAAGUACCUUCGACGGAACUUCCAAUGGAAGUGUUUUAUAUGUUACUUCACGCACCGUUCAAAGAAGGGCCUCUUGGUCAAGAAUCUGGAUGGUAUGCGAACUGGCCGGAUCACAUCUCGCCCAAGAUCUUGGAACGCAAUUGCUUGGCCCUGGGUAACCUCACCGUGGGAAGCCAACUUGCUCUUCAAUACACAUUGUGUAUCCUUUCUAAAGCCACAAUAUUUGUCAGUCGCUGGCUACGCUUCUGUACAUCUGAAGGUUUGGUGGACCGUCUCGAGCGAUCAAGAAGGUCGUACAUCGCUUCCGGUCUCCGAUGUUUGAAAGAGAUUGAUUUCACCAGGACACCAAGUCUCCCAAUGCUCCAAGCACUACUCUCAGGUGCUUCUCUUGUACAGCUUCUCGGUGAAACUAGUCGCUCGUGGUUUUUGACUGCGUUAGCUGCUAGGAGCCUUGUGGCUCUAGGAUAUCACCACUUAUCCCCAAUUUUCCUUGCCAGCAACGACGGAUCCGAAAUUCGGCAGACUGUAUAUUGGUGCUAUUACAUGGAUAAGACAUUAAGCAUGCUCCUGGUUCGACCAUCCUCUUUACCGGACUUGCCGUUUGACCCAGCGACGUUGGUGCACCUCGACCCCAAGAACCCUUUGACUUAUAAAGUAAAGAUCCUGGUGCGACUCGCCCAAAUCCAAGAUUCCUAUCUUGCUGCUCUGAUUCGGAGGCAAAACAAUCGCCCCUGCCCACCAGAGCUUGUGGAAUCUCUUCGACUGAAGCUAGCUUCUGUUCGCCAAGACAUCCUAGAGUCUCGCUCUCGAUACAUCCACCUACCUGCUCUCAAAGCUGAGUGGGAUGCUGUUGACUUUACAUACUUCUCGAUAGCCACCACUGUCCUUCGUCUCAAUUCAAUAUCCUUGCAUGAUCAGGCCACACGUGAAGAGUGUGUACAAUAUGCACGGAAAGCUCUGUGGUCAAUGCAAGAGUGUUGUGCACUUAUCUCUAGUAACUCAAAAUUCACGACAGAUUAUCUUUUCUGGACCGUCCUCUUGUACCCUCUUACUCCUUUCUUUGUGAUCUUCUGCAAUUUUGUUGCUACUUCAAAUUUUCAUGAUCUAAUGCUUCUGAAAGACGCCACUGCAACGAUUUCUAGUAUCCCAGAGCAUUUCCUAUUCAGCAAAAACCUUCAAAAAUUGUUGAGUCAAUUAAUCGCUCUUUGUUCGCAUCUUGAGACCCCAUGGAAGCACACCCAGAUUGACGAAAGGGAGAAAGAUCCAGGACCAAGUUGCAAAACACCACAAUUGCCUCUUCCUUCUCCCAUUACGACAUCAAAUGGGGCCGUGAUUAGUGAACUGUCUCAUAUGAGAACGACAUCCGACACAUCUGUUACACCGGGUACAAACAUGAGUCCGCAGGUUACCCUUGCAUCGUUUGGACAAGAAGGCGCUCAUGCUGAACCAAAAAGAAACUCGAUCUGGGAUGACGAGCGGCUGUGGGAGUUGUUCAGCGUUCAGCCGUCUGUAGAAUGGUUUGAUUCAGACUACUUCACGAAUUUCAUAAGCAGCUAA